AUUGUGAUGUAUAGUUGUUUAAAGCAAUGGCGCUCUUCAAACCAUGCCACCUGUAUUCACCACCUCUGGAAAUUUCAGCUUCCUACAAAAGAAAUACUAGGGAAUGCAUGAAUCAACUGACUAAAAUAUCAGCUCCCAUGACAUCAAAAAGAUUUAACUCUUCAGUUUGGAGCUUAAAAGUAUCAUGUUCAGUUAAAUCAGAAAUUUUAAGCAAAGUUCAAAUGAUUGUUGCAAAGCAUUUAGCUAUAGAUCCAAACAUUGUAAAGCCUAACAGCAACUGGGAUGAUCUAGGCAUUGACUCAUUGGAAGCGGGGGAGUUGAUGCUUGGUCUAGAGCAAGAAUUCAAUAUUUGUAUGGAUCCAGUUUUGUUUGCAAAAGUUACCACUCCUCAAGAAGCUGCUAAUGUUGUUCAUGAUACCAAACAAAAUAUAAAACAAUAAUCACACAACAUAAAUAUACCAUUGAACAAAUAAAAUUGUAGCCUUCAUUUCCUUUAUUCUAUUCAGAAGUGUUUGUGUUACACAAUUUUCAAAAUGAUAAAAUGUUUUCUUUCAUCUAGUUGCAAGUAUAGUGCAACUUUGUAUCCUUCAAAGUUUAUUUGAAUUUUUUUUGUUCAGUUAA